UUUGCAGAGCUCACCCCUUUUCUUCAGCCGGCUCCACUCCGCACUCGAUCCUGUCCACGCACGCGGCAACGCCGUCGAGGCGAGCAGCGACUCUGCUUUCGCUCGGCGAGGCCAGCAGCAGCUACCGCGGCCCUCGCGUCGGGGAGCAUCUCCGGCGGCCUGCGCCUCGAAGCGAGCAGCGGGGGAUCCGGCGGCGCCCACGCGUGCGAGGCGAGCCAAACCCCAGACCUAGACCGGGGCACAGACGGCCACCAGCCGACGAGGCCUCCCGCCGGCGCCACUCCUCCGUAAACCGCCGCUGCGCUGCCGCGGUGCUGCCCACCACCGGAGAUCCAUCAGGUCGAGGGCUGAUUCUCCUUUUUGUUGUUGAGCAGUUCAAGCAGAGCUGAUGGCUACAUCAGAGCCAGUACAAGAAAGUUUGAUGCUGGACUACCCACAACCUAGUAAGCCUCGGGUCCUUCUUGCUGCUUCAGGAAGUGUAGCUGCUAUAAAAUUUGAGAGCCUUUGUCGUAGUUUCUCUGAGUGGGCGGAUGUCCGAGCCGUGGCCACCAAAUCAUCUUUGCACUUUGUUGAUAGAUCAUCUCUACCUAGUGACAUUGUCCUUUACACUGAUGAUGAUGAAUGGUCUACCUGGAAGAAGAUAGGAGAUGAAGUUUUACACAUCGAGCUGCGGAAAUGGGCUGAUAUAUUGGUGAUUGCACCAUUAUCAGCAAAUACCCUGGCUAAGAUUGCCAGUGGGCUAUGUGACAACCUCUUGACAUGCAUAGUGAGAGCAUGGGACUACAGCAAACCACUCUUUGUGGCCCCAGCUAUGAACACAUUAAUGUGGAACAACCCAUUCACAGAGCGUCAUCUUCAGACGAUCAACCAACUGGGCAUAAUCUUGAUCCCCCCAGUUACCAAAAGGUUGGCUUGUGGCGAUUACGGAAAUGGUGCAAUGGCUGAAACCUCGCAGAUCUAUACUUCUGUGAGGCUUGCAUGCAAAACACAACCCCAUGAUUCAAGCAGUUCAGUUGUGAUUCCUGUCAGUAACAAUCAGCCGUCUAGCUGAUUCAGCUAUCAACCUCACCAACUGUUAAGCUUAGGAAUUUCUUUUCUCUGCAGUGUGCAUCUUGAUGUUAGAAUUGAAGAGCAUUAGAUAUUAAUCGGCAAUGUUUGUACCAACCAGAGUUGUAGUGUUGUACCUUUGGAUCAAAGUACUUGUGAUCUUUGCAUCUGGUAGAUUGUUCAGAUUGGGCAGAAGCUGUUGUUACAGCCAUAACUUCCUCCCUACUUAGUAGUUAGUAAUGAUAGUGUUGAUGAGUCUGUUCAGUUUAUGUUGUUUGUGAAAAUACUCUUUACGCAGCCGUAUCAAAUGCUGCAAACUUUCCUAUCAUCUUUCAUGUCCUGCUGCAAACACUGGAAAUUUGGAAUGAUUGUCUGACCA